AUGGGGCGCGUUGGCGUCUACUAUGUGGACUCAACAGAGCAGAAUAAAGGAUUGAUUGAGUUGAUUCUUACUAGUGAAUAUGUAUUGGUGCACAGAUGGCGAGCCUCCGGAAAAUAUACCCGGGUGUGGACAGCCAUCGAACAGCUGGAUGCCUUAGGCUACCGCGAAUUCAAGGGUAUCUCCUUCAAAGAUGAAGAAUGUUUCUGGAAUACUCUUGGCAGAACUUUCCGACGGGAACUUCUCGACCAGUAUGGCUCCAAAAAAAAACGCUAA